AUGCAAAGCAGUAGCAGUGGCAGUAGCAUCACGGUGCAACACUGUGGCAAGUGUGGCAGAAAGGAUGCGGACGGCCUCAGCAUCAAUGGGAGUGCGCAAACUCCGCCACGGAAAAUCCUGGCAGAGAUCUCUGGCAUUUUUGACUUUGCCGGAGCAUGGCCUGCCUCGGAGAGAUGUGCCUUCGAAAAGGAUAUGCGAGUCCGGCAGGAUUUCGUAACAGCUGAGGAGGAGCAGAGCCUUCUGCAGGAAAUAGAGCCCCAUCUCCGCCGGUUGCCUUACGAAACAAGUCACUGGGAUGAGGCCAUUCAUGGUUAUAGGGAAACAGAGCAGAGGAAUUGGAAUUCCAGGAAUCGUUUAAUCCUUGAAAGGAUAAGCCAAUUGGCCUUUAAUGGACAGGCUAUGCCCUAUGUACAUGUCCUAGAUCUGGCCGAGAGUGGGGUAAUAAAGCCACAUGUGGACAGCACAAGGUUUUGUGGCGACACCAUUGCUGGACUCAGCCUCCUGAGUGAUAGUGUUAUGCGAUUGGUCAAAGUUUCGGAUGCUAAGAUAGUGCCAUACUGGGCAGAUCUGUUCCUUCCCAGACGUUCCCUUUAUGUGAUGUCGUGCCUGGCCCGAUAUCACUUUACCCACGAGAUUCUUGUUGGAGAUUUGGCAACCUUUCAAUCGAAGUUGAUACUUCGAAAGCGUCGAGUCUCAGUCAUUUGUCGUAACGAGCCGUAA